CAAUGCGUUCACAUGUUUUGCUGCGUCUAGUUGGGGGGAAAGAAUUGUGGAAGUCGAUGCGUGCGGCGUCCAGCUUGUGUUUGGAAAACAUGGUUUUUAUUAUUGAUACUUUUACCUGCGUUUUUGCAUGUUUGGAAUUUACCUAAUGUGGCAGUUCCAUUGGGGAUUGGAUUGUGUUGGGUUUUGCCCUUUUGAAAUUUGGAGAUGUGAUUGUGACGGUGCACUGACUUUCCCGAUUGGGUGUACUGUAUAUAUAGUUGUAACCAGGGUGUCCUCCAAAAUCCUCCAAAGAAUCCGAAUGGCUCCACCAAAAAAGUCCAAGUUCUGGAACUUGGAAUCCACGGCUGAGGCCGGACCUUCAGUGGCGAUGCCCAUGGAUCUGCACAGCUCGGUACGGCAUUUGGCCAUCAACGGCCAGGCGAAGGUGGCCUGUGGCCUGGACGAUUCCACCCUGCGGCUGGUUGACCUGCGCAGCGGCAGUCCUGUGAAUACCAUGCAGGGCCACACCAAGCCGCCCCUGUCUGUGGUGUGGGGCUCAGACGAUCAACUCUUCUCCGGUGGUAUGGAUGGCACGGUGCGCGCUUGGGACACCCGCAUGGGGGCACGGAGCCUCUUCCUAUGCGACCCCUAUGCGCACGAAGGUGAGGUGGUCCUGAAGAGAAAGGCUGAGAAAACGCAAGUGACAGAAGAGCAGGAUCACAACAAAGAAGCAAAGGUCGAGCCAUACCGUUUCAGGUCUUUGGGUCGCGUGCUGGGCACGGACCGACGCUUUGAGGAUGGAUCCGUGCGUCAGAUGGUUGGCUCAGACAGUUUUCUGGAGCUGGAAUCAACGACCGGGAAAAGCUCCAAGGGGACACCCGAGCACCUCAGGAGAAGUCGAGAAGAAUUCUCCAAGGAUGCAGAACUAAAAAGGCGCCAUGUCUUUGGACCACCCAGGAGGCAAUACGAGCAUGACGCAUCCUUGGCACACCGAGGGGCGGUCACUAGUGUGUGUUUCGUGGAUGGCCGGCUGCUCUCAUGUGGAGUGGAUGGCAAGGUCCGUUGCUGGGACCCCAAGACUGGGCAUUUGCAGGCUGCAGCUUGGAGGGAAGUGAAUGUGGAAUGUGGCAGAGAGGAGCAAUCCAUGCAGAUGGCUGCUUUGGGAUAUCCAGACGAAGUGUGCUUGAUUCCAGAAGAGGAGUUCUUGGCGGUGUACAGCUUGCGCUCGGCGCGGUGUUUUCUGCGCCUGGCAGCGCACAAGGGCGCGGUACAGGGCUGUGAAGCCUGGGACGGGCACGUGCUGUCGGCAGGCUCCGAUGGGUUGCUUUUGCACUGGCGCCGCGGUGAACGACAUCAGGGGCAAAGUGAAGUCAUAUCUUUGGAUGAUUGAUUCGUCCGACGUGGCUUUCCAUGAGUCAUCAUUUCUGAAGUUGUACAGUUGAAUUACCAGAAAUGAC